AUGGCUAGUUGGAUCAAUCUACUACUUAGCCUGUCAUCGCUCUCUCUUGUGCACUUCUUGACCUCUCUACAACAACACUUAUCACUGCGUCAACCAGAUCUCAUCCACUACCUGUCCGAACCUCACCAUGCUUUUCAGACUAUCCUGGGUCGCCGUGUUGGCCACGGCCGUUAUGGCUCAACUCCAAGUCGACACGCCACCAUCCUUGAUUCAAUGCCAACCCGUUCAACUCAGCUGGAGCGGCGGUACAGGACCUUACUUUUUGGCCAUCCUUCCAGGCGGUCAAUCGGAAGCUGCUGCGCUUGAGAACCUUCCCAACGCUGAUAACUCGCCAGCCACUUGGCUCGUCAAUAUCGCGUCGGGAACUAAUGUGACCAUCCGAGUGACCGACAGCACUGGUCAACAGCAAUACUCUUUCCCUCGCACCAUCCUCGCAGGAACCAGUUCAGAGUGUCUCGGCAGCGAUGCAUCGGUCUCUGUUGGCGGAACAACCUCUGCUUCUGCCACUGGCGGCGGUAGCGAUGGCUCGUCUAGUCCCACUGCGUCGGCCACCUCGGGAUCAGGCUCACCCACUUCGUCGUCUGGUUCUGGUGCUUCCGCCGCAUCCUCCGCUGCUGCUCAGACUUCCGGAGCUGCCCUGCCUGGAACUCAAGUCACUGGUAUCAUGUUCACCGUUGUCGGUCUCUUGACCGCUGCCUUUGGUGUCACUGUCUAAGCGCCGUCAAUUCCAAUCGAUAGACGCGCCUCAGCAGUCGGACCGACCAUGAAAUAAGCCAACUCACCCAAAUCAGCCGAUGCUUUCGUCACCAACGUACAUCCUGGUGGCUAUUCCCAUUUGCAUAUCCCCCCGCGCAAACUUGUUGUUUCGAUUCAAGUGUACGCCAGCCCGCACUCCUUCCUCCCCCUUGUAGAGCCUCGCCGUUUUCCCCCUUUUAAUCUCAUUGUAGCUUGAUGCAUCGUUUCAUUG